UUCCGGCUAUGCUCAGUUCCCUCCGGCCAGUCCCUUCUUGCGCGCCCAUUUCGAGCCCGAAUGUCAAGCUCGACUUUGGGGACUUGAGAAUCCCGCACAUAUUUUCCAGGACUAGAUUCUUGGCAAUGCGGGCAGGAAUGGCGCAGCUGGAGGGUUACUAUUUCUCGGCAGCCCUGAGCUGUACCUUUUUAGUGUCCUGCUUCCUUUUCUCUGCUUUCAGCCGGGCGCUGCGAGAGCCCUACAUGGACGAGAUCUUCCACCUGCCGCAGGCACAGCGCUACUGUGAGGGCCAUUUCUCCCUCUCGCAGUGGGACCCCAUGAUUACUACAUUACCUGGCUUAUACCUGCUGUCAGUUGGAGUGGUCAAACCUGCCAGUUGGAUCUUUGGAUGGUCGGAACACGUUGUCUGCUCUAUUGGAAUGCUCAGAUUUGUUAAUCUUCUCUUCAGUGUUGGCAACUUCUAUUUACUAUAUUUGCUUCUCCGCAAGGUGCAACCCAGGCACAAGGCUGCCUCAAGUAUCCAGAGAAUCUUGUCAACAUUAACAUUAGCAGUAUUUCCCACACUCUAUUUUUUUAACUUCCUUUAUUAUACAGAAGCAGGAUCCAUGUUUUUUACUCUUUUUGCCUACUUGAUGUGUCUUUAUGGAAAUCAUAAAACUUCAGCCUUGCUUGGAUUUUGUGGCUUCAUGUUUCGUCAAACAAAUAUCGUCUGGGCUAUCUUCUGUGCAGGAAACGUCAUUGCACAAAAGUUUACUGAAGCUUGGAAAACCGAGCUACAAAAGAAGAAAGAAGAGAGGCUUCCCUCUAUUAAAGGACCAUUUUCAGAAUUCAGGAAAAUUCUUCAGUUCCUUUUGGCUUAUUCCAUGUCCUUUAAGAACUUGAGUAUGCUUUUCCUUUUGACUUGGCCCUACAUCCUUCUAAUGUUUCUGUUUUGUGCUUUUGUGGUAGUUAAUGGUGGAAUUGUUAUUGGUGACCGGAGUAGUCAUGAAGCCUGCCUACACUUUCCUCAGCUAUUCUACUUUUUCUCUUUUACUCUCUUUUUUUCCUUUCCUCACCUACUGUCUCUUAAGAAAAUCAGGUCUUUUCUUUGCUUAGUUUGGAAACGGAGAAUUCAGUUUUUUGUGAUUACUUUAGUCUCCAUAUUUUUAGUUUGGAAAUUUACUUACGCUCAUAAAUACUUGCUAGCAGAUAAUAGACAUUAUACAUUCUAUGUGUGGAAAAGAGUUUUUCAAAGAUUUGAAAUUGUGAAAUAUUUGUUGGUUCCAGUUUAUAUAUUUGCUGGUUGGAGUAUCGCUGACUCAUUGAAAUCAAAGUCGGUAUUCUGGAAUUUAAUGUUUUUCAUAUGCUUAUUCACCGUUAUAGUACCUCAGAAACUGCUAGAAUUUCGUUACUUCAUUUUACCCUAUGUUAUUUAUAGGCUUAACAUACCUCUGCCACCUACAUCCAGACUUGUUUGUGAGCUGGGUUGCUAUGCAGUUGUGAAUUUCCUAACUUUUUAUAUCUUUCUGAAUAAGACUUUUCAGUGGCCAAAUAGUCAGGACAUUCAGAGGUUUAUGUGGUAAUAUCAGAAAUAUCUUGAACUCUAAAAAUAGACUUAUUAUUUAGACUAUUUCCAUAAUGAAAACUAAGUAGAAAUUUUGAAAUUUCUUUUAGGCACCAUGGUGAUCCGCAGAUCACAUCAGAUUUUUUGUGCUUUAAAUAUCAGAAAUAUGUAUUUUAAAUAUAUAUAUAUGUGAAAUAUGUAUAUAUAUAUAUAUAUAUAUAUGACCCAAGGAAGUUAAAUGAUAAAGAAGUGAGAAAAGUUUAAGACUUGCUCCAUAAGCCUGAAUAAUGAUGGGAAAGUAAAAUUAUUCAUAGCUAUCUCAUGAUAUUUCUUUGAUACUGUUGGCCACUCAGAAAGCUUGGAAACUUUUUUGUAUACAAGUUUAUUUAUUAAUUCUCUUCAGAAAAAGUAGCAAAGUCUUUGAAAAAUAUUUACAAAUGAUUAGGUAAUAUUAUUGAUUGAAAAUUUAACAUUUUAGUAAAUAUAAUUUCAAUCAUAGGGUAAAAUAGACUCACAUAGAUAGCAAAUGUUAUAAAAUAGAGGCUCUUCUGUGUUUAUCUAGGAAUCAAGUUGUUGAUUUUUGUUAAAAAUCUAGAAAUGAUGAAGUCCUUUCACUGUUCCUAAUAUGAAAUAGAUCAUGGGCAAAGAUAAAUUGUGUUGAUGAUAAUACCUUUUAGAAGGGAUUUUCUUUCUGAAAUACGCUACUCUAUCAGUUUCCUUUGGCUGCCAUAACAAAUUACCACAAAUUUGGUGGCUUAAAAAAAAUUUCAGAAUUCUGGGGGCUAGAAGCCUAAAAUUAAGAUGUCAUCAAUGUUAGUUGCUUUUGGAGGCUGUAAAAGAGAAUCCAUUCCAUGCUUCUCUCCUACCUUCUGCAGUCCGUGGUGUUCGUUGGUUUAUAGAUGUAUCACUCCAGUAUCUGCCUUUGUCUUCACAUGGCCUUCCUCUCAUCCUCUUUCUCUUACAAGGACAAGGUCUUUGGAUUUAGGGCCCAUCCUAAUCCAGGAUAAUUGCGUAUCCAGAUCUUUAACUUAAUUAUGUCUACAAAGACUCUUUUUCCAUAUAAGGUCAUAUUUACAGGUUCCAAGUUGACCUAUCCUUUUGUGGGGCACUUUUCAACCCACCAAAGUUACCAAAGGAGAUUUUACAAUAAAUUUCAUAAAAUUUGUAGGAAAUAAUUUUUUGCUGAGAUAGUUUAAAUAAAAUUGCAUAUUUUCAGAUAGGUUAAAAACAAGUGAUUUGCAGGGUCACAUAAUUAUAAAACUAAAAGUAACUGGUAUUUGAUUCCAUUAUCCAAAAAACAUUAGAAUUUAAAGGAAGUUUAGAAAUUAUUUGAUCUAGUCUUAUUUUGUAGAUUAGGGAACAAAUGCUUGGGUAGGAUUUGGGGGGAUUAAUUUUGGAUUCUGUGUCUGCUAUUUGGAGUACAUUCAUUGGGUUGUCAUUACCUUACAGAGAAGUAUUAUUUGGAUAUGCUAACGUUGACAUGUAAACUUAGAACUGUGACUAGAAUUCAUUCUUUAAUCCAGUUUUACAUUUGUAAACUUUUCAGUAACUGUAUGAACUGUCUUAAGUGUUGGAUUAUGCUUUCUCUGGGUUUUAAAUAAUGAGUGGAUUUGGAAGGUACUGUUCAUUUGCAAAUAUAAAAUUAUGCACAGGUAAAAAUACAAGUGUAGUCUUGAGUAAUAAAUGCAAAGUCUUUGGUUGUACACACUCUUUGGAGCCAAGCUGUACUCUGUUUAGUGCUUAGGAAGCAGAUUGACUCUUUAGUUAUAACAGUGACUGUAGGACAAAUGUUUUUACUGAAACUUUUUUUAAAUUAGACAAGAAAGCACACUCAAAUAAUUAUUUUAUAAUGGAGAUAUGAAGUCAAAAUUCUCCCCAAAAUGUGCAAUUUAGGAAAAACAAACUUCUUAUCUGAUACCAUUGGUGCAAGGCUUUUGUUUUUUAGGCAUAUUUCUGAGACAAAAAAAAAAAAACUUUUUCUCUCUAGUCUGGCAAGAAGGAGGAAACUAUUCUACUCCAUGGAUUAAAGGAACCAUUGUUCUAAUUCAUUUUUAAGUGUUGAGUCCCUGCCCUUUUAAGAGAUCUUUUGGAAUGCUGUGAAUUAAAAGAUGCUCUACAGAGCUGCUUUUAGAAACAUCCUGAAGUUAUAUGUGUUUUGAAUAUUUUUCAAGAGUUACCAAAUAGAUACGUUUGACAUUAUUUUUUUUUUAAAUUAGACUUAACUGAAUUUCUUGAUUAGAAGGUAAUUCUUAAAACAAAAAAAAAAACAA